UGGACUGCCCUCGGAGCUCGGAGCUGCAGUGAUCGCUGGAAGUGGGAGGUGCGUGAGGCUGCUGGUGCUGCGUGGUCCGGCCGCUGGAGCCCGGGAGCCGUCGGGGCAGAGCGCUGCUCCUGUGCAGCCGCCGUGAUGUCAGCCCGCUGCUGCGCAGGCCAGAUCAAAGGCAGCCAUCUCCCAAGAGCCAAUAUCUGGCCAAAAGGAUCAGCCCCUAAGCAGAGCGGCGCAUACUCUGUCAUCCCCCCCCCCAUAUCACGAAGAAGAGAAAACUACUUCUGCUGCUUAGAGAAGAUAUGUUCAGUUCUCUCUUUAAGCUGGCAUGCUGCUGUGGCUAUGCUGGGUGUGCCUUAUGCUGCAAAUGCUGUCCCCGGAUCCGGCAGUCCAGGAGCACCCGCUUUAUGUACGCGCUCUACUUCAUCCUCAUCUCUCUCAUCUGCUGCAUCAUGAUGUCCAGAACGGUAGCCAUAGAGAUGAAGAAACAUAUUCCUUUUUAUGAAGACAUCUGUAAAGGCAUUAAAGCAGGGGACACUUGUGAGAAGCUAGUGGGCUAUUCUGCGGUUUACAGAGUGUGUUUCGGAAUGGCCUGUUUCUUCUUCAUCUUCUGCUUAUUUACAAUCAAGAUAAACAACAGUAAGAGUUGCCGAGCCUACAUUCACAAUGGAUUCUGGUUCAUUAAGCUUUUAUUGUUGGUGGCCAUGUGCUCAGGAGCAUUCUUCAUCCCAGACCAAGACACGUUUCUGAAAGCAUGGCGCUAUGUGGGGGCCAUUGGAGCAUUUGUAUUUAUAGGAAUCCAGCUCAUUCUACUUGUGGAGUUUGCACAUAAAUGGAAUAAAAACUGGACUGCGGGCACAGUUCAUAAUAAAAUGUGGUACGCCUUCCUCGCCCUGGUGACCCUUCUCAUGUACACGAUUGCCGUGGGGGCUCUGAUAUUGAUGGCUUGGUUUUACACGCGUGAGGAAGGCUGCUUGCAGAACAAGAUCUUCGUUGGUGUCAAUGGAGGCCUCUGCCUGCUUAUUUCACUGGUAGCCAUCUCACCCUGUGUACAAAAUCGUAAGCAUGGGCAGCCUCACUCCGGGUUACUGCAGUCCGGCCUCAUUAGCUGUUAUGUCACAUAUCUCACCUUCUCAGCUCUCUCCAGCAAACCUGUGGAGACAAUUUUGGAUAAAAACCAGAAGAACAUAACAAUUUGCUCACCGAACUUUGGCCAGGAACUCUAUAGAGAUGAAAAUCUGGUCACGGGCCUGGGUACCACGCUCCUGUUUGCUUGCAUCUUAUAUUCUUGUCUGACAUCAACAACCCGGUCGAGUUCAGAAGCUCUUAGGGGAAGAUACGCAGCUCCUGAACAAGAGGUAGCUCGAUGCUGUUUCUGCUUAGCUCCUGAUGGAGAAGAUGUUGACGAGCCUGAUGAUCGGAGGGGAGGACAGCAAGUCAUCUACGAUGAAAAGAAAGGCACUGUGUACAGCUAUACCUACUUUCAUUUUGUCUUUUUCUUGGCCUCCCUUUAUGUGAUGAUGACAGUCACCAACUGGUUCAACUAUGAAGGUGCUCACAUUGAAAAAUUCUUCAGCGGAAGCACAUCUUUCUUCUGGGUCAAGAUGGCAUCAUGUUGGAUGUGUGUCCUGAUCUAUCUGUGGACCCUCAUAGCUCCUCUCUGCUGCCCUACCAGAGAAUUUUCUGUAUGAGACAUCUGAGAGCCCUUCUUUUAUCAAAACUGUCAUUCAAUUUGAUCAGUCUGCCGACUAAAAGACUGUAUUUUUUAGUGUUUUUUUUUUAAGUAAUGAUUAAUGUGAGUAAUGGUUGGACCAGUCCUAAAAAUCACCUGUGAAGUUGCCAGCACCAGGCUGGCCCAAAAGGGGUCAGAAAAAACAAGUAUGUGAUAAGAAUGUUUGGGUUAUAUUGAGUUUUUCCCCUGUGAAAUGAUGAAAGAAACUACCAUUCACUAUGGAAAGCAUAGUUUUAUUUUAAACAAGAAAGAAUUGUUUGGGUCCACACUGAUCAUACGUAAUACGUAUUAUACAUAUACUUUCAACUUUCAUGACCUUUUAUAAUAAGAUGGUGCCAUUAAGUUCAAAUUCAACAAAUAUUUCAAGUGCCUACAAUGUGCAGAGCGCUAUACUAGGUGCUGGGGUGGGGGUUGUUGUAAAGAUAAGUAAGACGUGGUCCCUGCCUUCAUGAAGCUGAUAGUCUAGGUCUCACUUGACACAUACACAGGUAACUAAUUCUAAUACAGCUUUCAGAAAGCAGGAUUCUAAAGGGGUUAGUGGGUUGUUUGGUUUUUUUUUUUUAACGUUUGUUUUCAGUUUUUUUCUUUAGAAAUCUGGCUGGUAAAUCUGGGAGUUGUUAUUAUUUCAGCAGAUUUUUUUUCCCAACUAGAAAUCAAGGGUUCAGCAUAUUUUUGUAGAGGAAAGAACAAGUUUCUGUAGUCUGAAAUCUAUAUACAAAAACAUAUCAAGCAGCCUGAAGGUCAGUCUUUGGCCUUAUCUGGAAAGGGGAGUUCUGGAGCUGACCAACUCUGCAUUUGAAACACUAAGGUGGUUUGUGUCCUUUGUUUCUGGGAUGAAGUAUGAAGCAUGGAGUUCUGGCCAUAUUCUUCAUUGUUCCUAACUUCCUAAUAUUUAGGGAUUAAGGAGGGAGUGCUUACUUUUAAGGCAGUUGAAAUCUCGUGAUUUUAGUCCUUUAAACAAAUCCCAGAGAUUUUGUUUUAAAUUAAAAAAAAUUUUUUUUUAAAAUUUUGUUUCCCUGUGGGCCUUAAAUGUCUUUCUCUGAAUUUGUGAUGCUGGAAAUCACAGGUAUCAUGUACUGUCCUCUAUCUCGUUGGGCCCCCCCAACCCCUUCUCUGUCACUUGUUUGUUAUAAUGUUACAAUGUGAAUAAGCACAAUUUAUUGACAGCACGAUCUCACCUUAUUGUUUUUACUUGAUCAAGGUAUUGCAAUAAUUACAAGUUACUUGUAUUGUUGCAUACAUGAUUUCAAGAUAACUACAAAGUUGUCUUUUUCCAUACCUAAACUAUGGAUAGAUGCUUAGAUAGGGUUUUUAAUUGUAAGUAAUUUUAAUAACAAUAUUCUUAAAAGGGCUUAGAUCCCCAAAUUGCUUUUUUGGCCGAAACCUGCUGGGCAUAUGACUCUCUUCUUUCCUUUGUCCUCCCCGACAAAUUUGUUGUUUCUGUGCGUAAAAGGGCUUUGAUUUUCUAGCUUUGGUUAUGUUCCCUAUACUAUUAGCACCUUUGUUAUUUCUCUGGGAUAUCCUGUCCCAAGAGAACCUUGGGGCCAGAGUCAAAUAGGUCUGUUGUGAAUGUGACCCCUUAGACUCAAGAGAAGGGGAUGCCUGUGUUUUAUGGGAAGGGAUAGUAUUUGUCCCGUUUACGUAAAGCAUCCUUAGGUUUUUCACCAGAUCAGUACUUUAAAGUACUUCCUGUGAGAAAUUGGAUUUCUGGCCAUUGUACAAGGAAGACUCUUAUUAAAAUCAGCCCAAAUAUAGAGACAUGAUCUGCUCAGUAACCCUGGGUGCUUCAUGAUGCAGAUGUGAUGGGGGAAAUCUACACUUGGUAUUUCUGGAGUUUGCUAAGCCAUUCUUGGCCUAGAAUAAGAGCUGGGUUGGGGGCGGGGGUAUGGAGUAAGAGAAGAGUGAUGUUCAGAACAGGUUGGGGGCUCAGCCUCAGAGCUCUCUUUCCUCUCCUGUGGGUUGGGAGGACAUUCUGUAAACCAAGAGAUUUGUUAAUGAUGCUCUCAACCUUCCAGAUGAGAACAGUUUUUCAUGUAAAAGACCUAGUAGACUGAAGUAGCUUUACAACAACGUGCCACAGGCCAGAGUUAGAAACCAGAUCAUGAAUCUAAUGGGAGCAAAUACAUUCCAUUUCUUCUCUCUUGGCAAUCUCCUCCAUCCGUAUUAUUCUCCUCUUCCUCCUCUCCCUUAACCCCAUUCGCCAGUCUAUGAUAAUGGACUCAUACUUCUAGAACUAUAUGUGUAUCACACACAUACGUAUACAUAUGUGUGUAUGUAUAUAUAUGUGCAACACAUAUGACAUAUAUGUGAUAACACAAUUAUGCAUGUAUUUAUAUUGGCCAUAGUAUUCAGUUUUUAGGUGUCACAUUGAGUUUUUUCCCCUGUGAAAUCAUGAAAGAAACAAUUACCAGUCACCAUGGAAAGUUUUUUUUUAAUCUUAGAAGACAGAAUUGUUUGAAUCCGCCCUGAUUGUAAAUGAUAACAUAUUGUUCAUAUGCUUGUAGAUUCCAUCAAAUUUUAUAAUUAGGAAGUAUCACAGGAGCAGAGAAAAAAGGAAAAAAAGAUUAACACUGAAUGAUCACCGUGCUUCAUGGAUCCAUUUGGUGUCAUGACUUGAAGUAAAUAGACAUAUGCUGCUUCUGGAAGCCUCUGCUUGCACGCAGCUUUGAAGCUUUCCCAAGUAUGCAUAAUCAUGGUUAUCAUUUGCAUUUAGAGGCACAGUACUAUCUGAGAGUGAGGGAGCUCCUCAGAUUGGAGCUUGGGUUGGAUACGGCUUAGGAGCAGCCUUCAGUAGAAAUUAGGAGGAAAGACUUGAACCUUUUUUGGAGAAGACAUGAGUAAGUUUUUGUCACUGUUGGUGUGGUAGUAGUGGUUUUCCUCUCUGAGGAGAGGGUAUAAUAUUCCUUAGUUUGUCCUCACAUUCUUCCCUGGCCUGGGCAGCAGAGGCCCUCUGCUGUAAAACUAAGACAUAACCCAAAUUCAACAGGUGUCUCGAAACCUUUGAAUUACUGAGUCUUGCUGACACGAGGCAGUGGCCUUUUGCCUCCUAGAGCAUCCCCUGGCAAAAGUUCAGGGUACCCUUGGCCAAGGACCAUUUCAAAGUGACCGUGACCUCAGUUUGGAGACUCCAUUAUCCACCAGUCCCAUUAUAUUCUUGAGUGUAUCUGAAGAUUUGCUGUGUGGCACAUAAUUGUCUUUUAAAACCUGAGGUACUCAAGUGGGCAGAUUCACAUACUGCUGCUAUGGCCAUUGUUUAAUUUUCCCACCUUUUAAAAUUUUAAAUGUAUGUGUUGGUGAUAUAAAAUGGGGUUGAUGUGCCCAAAGUACUGGUGGUCUAGGGGACAUCUGUAAAAAUAUGCCUUAUUUAUUAUAGUAAUAAGCAGUGCUCAGGUGAUGGGUCAAUAUGUAUACAUACCUGUCUUUUUGUGCUAUCGGAUGUUGUGAUUCUGGUGAUAGAGAAACUGGAACAAAAAGUCUGUGCCAACUUCAGUUACCUGGGCUACUUUCAGUGGUUUUAACUUGAUCAUCUCACUGGCCUUUAUCAAAAAGAUGAAGCCUCUUGUGAAUAAUUAAAGAAAUGGCUCUUGGAUGUCUGCUCCACAAGACACCCUCCCUCACUCAUAGAAGCUAGAGAAGGCUGUAAACGCCCUGCGUACUUUCUCUGUACCAUUCAUUCAUGUGAUGUUAGACAUAGUGGAAGAAUGAACCCUUAUAUUCUUUUCUGCCUGUUUUUGUUAAUGAUGAAAACACUAAGAUGGAGGUCUCUGGGGAUUAUUGUAUAUAGCAUUAUAUGAGAAUACUACACCUGAUGACCAUACAUCCUUCUAGAAGCCAACCUAUUUACCAUUAUAAGCUAGUAAGGGGUCUUGCCCAAGAGAUCCUUAAUCUGUGCCACAUCUAGUACUUCCUGACACAAGUUCUUGGUGUCAGUUUUCAGAAAUACUUUUCCUUUUUUUUUUUUUUUUUGGUUUCCUUCUUUUUGGUAGGAAGAGCUUGAGGGAACUACUUUGCAGAAAAAUUUGGAGCCAUCUUUCUUGGAGAGGUUAGGGAAGAGGAUAUGAAAUAUAUAAUACACAUAUAAAAUAUGGAUAAGGGGGGAUUCUGAGGAUGUUAGAAUUUCUGUGCCUAUGAAUGGGAGGUUUGCUGGCUGGGUGGCUUCCAUAUUUUAUUCUUCCUAGUCCCUUAGCAGGAUUUGCGCAGUGAGCAGUCCGGAACAUUGGGGUAGAAUCUCUCAAACAAAGGCUAUGCUUUACCGUAAGGCAGUAUAUAUUCACAUUUUUUUUUCCUCCCACGCAUUUACUACACUGGUGCUUCAUGUUGCCCUAGCAAAGGGAAUCCCAGGGAUUGUAUUUAAACUGCUGUGGCUCCUCAUCCCCACCCCCACCCCCACCCCCUUUCCUCCUCUCUAAAUAUUGUCAUUUUGAUGUACACUUGAAUGCACAUCUUUUUUUUAAGUGAAAGAAUGUUCUCUUGUGAAAGGAAGGCGAUGCCAGUGUCAGUAACAUCAAGCCCAGAAGAAUGCUGGGUGGUGGGACCUUAGUCCGGGAGGACCAGUGACAACACCCAGGUUUGACCAUUAGCUUGUAGGCCUUCUUGUAGCAUUGUUUGAGUGUGCUUUCUCCCCCAUUGUCAUGUAAUCAUUAAGCUCUCAGUGGCUUUAAACUUAGUGCUAUGUUCUGGGUGCAAUUGGGAUCUCCUCUGGGCUCUCUGUGACAUGAGACCCAAGGAGAGCUGUUCACAUAAACUAUGGGAAAUUUAAUUGUCCAGUCUGAAGUCUUUCCCUUCAGAUCUCCCAAACUCCUCACCAAAUAGGCAUUUAAUCAGACCCAUAGAGGCAGUUGUUUUGGAAGAGAGGAAUAGCAUUUUAUUUUUAACCAAAGAGUCCCCCUUUUAAGAAUUUUUUUAAAAAUCAGUCAUUUUGAUAACUUAAUGGAAGAAACAAAGUGGGAAGUUGGAUCUUAUUUAUAUGAGCAAGGUUUAAUGAAAGUAAAUCAAUAAGGUGAUCCUUUCUGGAGAAGGAACCUUGGAAGAUCUUUCAGGUGAAGCUUGUGGCAGAUUUAUAAUAUAUGUCUUUAGAGGAUAUUUAUAAGAAAUUUAAGAGGAUGCUUUUUUUUUCUUCAACAAAGAUUGAAAUUUAACUUUAUUUACAAAAAUGGCUGCAAAAAGUUUUUGCAAUUUUUAAACUUUGGUGAUAAGUUUUACAAGAAAUAUUUUUAAAAUGUUUUUACUUUCCUGAAACAGAGACUUUUUUUUAAAUGUAGUUUUUGGAAUGUUUUUACUUAGCUGUAGUCAAAUAAUGUGGACAUGUUUGCUAGAUUAGAGUUUGAGGAAUAAUUUGUAUGCUAAAUGUACCACCAUUUUGAAGUUUGUAUUGGCCUCCACUUGGGUGAGGAUUUUAGCUUCUUACUGACAAUUGGGUUUGUAUGUGUUGGUUUCUUUUUUCUUUUCUUUUUUUUUAAACCAAAAAACCUCCGUUUUCUACAAAAGUGUCUAAAGCAGUCUCUUAUGUAUAAUACUUAGAAAUUGCUAAGUACAGAAUUGAAUAAAGUUUAAAAUGUAAAAAUCA